GGCCUGGGAGCUGUCCCCGGUUCUCUGCUCCACUCUCUAGGGAACUUUGCGGGUCCUUACACUCUGUUUUUCUUGCCCCGCGUGACCUCAGCUCCGUUCUAGGCUCCGACCCGGGCCGGCCAUUCCGGAACCCGCCAUGUCGUCCGACUUUGAAGGCUACGAGCAGGACUUCGCGGUGCUCACAGCAGAGAUCACCAACAAGAUUGCAAGGGUCCCCCGACUCCCACCUGAUGAGAAGAAGCAGAUGGUUGCAAAUGUGGAGAAACAGCUCGAAGAAGCGAAAGAACUGCUGGAACAGAUGGAUUUGGAAGUCCGAGAGAUACCUCCCCAAAGUCGAGGAAUGUACAGCAACAGGAUGAGAAGCUACAAGCAAGAAAUGGGAAAACUCGAGACAGAUUUUAAAAGGUCACGGAUCGCCUACAGUGACGAAGUACGGAAUGAGCUCCUAGGGGAUGAUGGGAAUUCCUCAGAGAACCAGUUGAUAAAAUUACGUGAAGAGAGGGCACAUCUGCUCGAUAACACAGAGAGGCUGGAAAGGUCAUCUCGGAGACUAGAGGCUGGAUACCAAAUAGCAGUGGAAACCGAACAAAUUGGCCAGGAGAUGUUGGAAAACCUCAGUCACGACAGAGAAAAGAUACAGAGAGCACGUGAAAGGCUUCGGGAAACAGAUGCUAACUUGGGGAAAAGCUCCAGGGUUCUGACAGGGAUGUUGCGAAGAAUCAUCCAGAACCGGAUCCUGAUCGUCAUCCUGGGCAUCGUCCUGGUUAUCACCAUCCUGACGGCGAUCACUUUUUCUGUCAGAGGACACUGAUGUAUCUGCUCUUCCUUGAUAAACAGCGACCACGGCUCGUUCUGAGUAAUUAAGACAAAAUGGUCACAUGAAUCAUUUUCUUGCGCUGACAGGCUCUGAAUGACCCUCCCCCUCUCUCUCGCCACUGUUCAGCUGAAGUGCAAAGACUGUAAAAAUAUUUUGUAUUCCUGUUUGCAUGUGGGUUGGUUUCCUUUUCUAGGUUUGUCUUCACCCAGAUUUGUUCUUUAUAGGGGAAGGCGAGUGUUUAUUUGCCUUUUGGUAAUUUCAUCUCGUGACCAGAGUAGCCUGGGUGACCUUCUUGCUUGCCUUGUGGGCGUGGCAGGGGUCACGGUUGGGGAGAGGGCACAGAUGAGUCAGUCACGGCGGCUUCUGAUGGGCUGUGCUGUUUGUCACACACCUUGUGUCACCGAUCAGCCCUUCUGUGAUGUCUGAGGAUAAAAAAUGCAGAGACCAGCAGGGCCAGAGCCACUGACAGGCCCUGCAAAGCAGUCCUGUUCCUCCCCAGAUGUAGUGAAUAUAGUCCACCUGCCUGAGCGUUUUCAUUGUAAAGGUGGGUGUUUAAAAGCAAUUGUGCGGGAAAUUGACUUAGCCCUUUCCCCAUUUUUCUAUGUGUUUUUUUUUUUUUUCUUUUUUUAAACCCAAGAAUAUUUUUUGCUGAGUCUGCCCAAUAUCCACUUUUCACAACUUUGAUUACUGGCUGCAGGAAAGAUUUCCUUGCCUUCCAAAAAUCCCAUUCUCCCCAGAAUCUGGUGGCAGAGAGUGCCCCAGCUCGGUGCUUCCUGGUAGCCUCCUCUCCCCUGACCUGUGUAGCCGUCUCUGUAUCCUUUCCAUCUUAAUGUUUGUACUGUCGAAAGGAGCCAUCAUACAUGCAGAGGGUCUGUCAAGGUUCUCUCCACAUCCAUUCCAGUACGUAAAGAGAACAUGAAUAUCUCAGGAAGAGCAGGAACCUGAUUCCAUCGGUGCGAAAUUUCAGAUGUGAUUAUCAAUAUGGUAUAGUCCUAUAGGCUGAGCCACUGGAAAUAAAUUUGAUGGAAAACGUCCGCUAACCUCCUUUCAAAGAAUAAGGGGUCGCAGUGCAUUACAAUAGGACAGCUUGGGUUUUUCACUAACAAAUGCGAGCACAGCCUUCCUGAAUCCACAAGGUACUCAAACCUCUAACGUGCUUUGUGAUUUUCUCUGGUUUCUUCCUGUCCAAGGAAACCAGGAAUUGUGUUCAAAAUUAGUUCAUUUAUGAUCAGGUUGGUUCCAAGUUGCCUGAACUGAGGUCAUUCUCCCCCUAGUCAUAACGCAAAAUGUGUUUUUCUUAAGACUUCAUAGGCACUUCCAGGGUCCUUUCUAUCUUUUGGAUAUAAUUGGGAGCUUUGAAUCCUUGAAAAGCAAACCUGUUCCCUUCAUAAAAAAUGCUAACUACCUGUGCCCAUGGGCUGAGAUCACCUGGAUGCAGCACUUGAUUUUUUCUUCCCCCAACUCAGAAGAGAACCAUUAUGGUUUAGAGAGGAAACACACAAUGGCAAAAUCCACCCGAGAAAUUGCAGUUAUUGAAACAGGCUAGGGCCUGCAUGUGUUCAGAUAAAUCAUUUAGUAUUGUGUAAAUAAAGCCGCAGCCUUUACUUCUCGAGCAUGGUGUGGGAUUUUGGCAGAGCGCAGUAGCCCAGCAAAAGAGUGGGAAGCCUGUACUAAUUUUCCUAUCAGCCUUAGGGCUCUAUCCUGGCAAGAAAAUCUUUUAUUCUGAUAACGGAAUGAGUAUGUGUGAAACACAUCAAAGAAAUGAUGAAAAAGCAAGGCAACAAGUCAUCUCCUUCUCGUUUGGAAACUCUAAUGGUGGGGAAGUAUUCUACCAACCUUUCUGGUGGCUUCCCUCAAAACAGUUGGUCUUAGCUGAAGUGUAUAAUCAGUUGCCCAGGCACACCUCACGCCUCUAGACUUCCUGAGGCCACCUAGCAAGCCAGGUUGAUCUGAUCAUCUAAACUUGCUGGCUUCUAAAUAUUUCACCUGAUGUUCAUGUUGAAAGUAGAGGUAGUGCAGAAAGAGGGCGUGGCUCACCCCACAGUGGCAGCUUCUUUGGGGUCGAUCUCUUUAUCAGCCCUUGCCUGAGACUUUGCCCCAGUUCAACCUCAAGAGUGGGAAGAAGGUGAACAGAUAACCCUUGGCCUAACAGCCCCAUCACAUCCACCUCGAGAACAACCUCCUAGACCAAGAUAGUGAGCACUUUGUAGGAAGCUGGUCCGAAGGCCCCUGUAUCCCCGGCUGGCCCUCUCAGAUGCUGCAGACAGACUCAAAGGAGCCCCCUUUGAGGGGGAGGAACACUGUUCACCCUGCUUCCCUGGGGAAGGGGGAAAGCCCACCGAUUCAAAGCCAUUCAUAGAACUGUGAAAGGUCCUAGGAACUUAGUACGUAGACCUUGAUUGAUGAAUAUAUCUAAAGUCAGAAGCCUUUGUUAAAAAAUUGUGUUCAGCGGAAGGGUUGGGGGGUUGCUGGGGAGGAGGAAGAGGAAGGAGGAAGCCCUUGCCAUAUAAAAUUCAUGCAGACUAAACAGUUUCCCUGACAGAAUAAAUAAAGCGGAUGCUGCCCUGCUCCAGAAUCAAAAGCAAUUUAAUUAAAGUCUCUUAAGUUGUAAAGAGUUUUAAAUGUUCCAUGUUGAAGACGAAUGCCGGCAAAUGCAGCGGGCCUGACGUCAGCUGCCAGGCCUGGACUGGGAGGCCAUUUGCUAUUCUGUUUAAGGCAGGCUGGAUUGUCUUAUUUUGGAACCAGCUUGGUGGGGGGUUUGCUUUGCUACUGCUUCUGAGCCCUGAGCUUCAAAGGCUGAAAUUAAUGGUGAACAAAAUUGUGCGGCUCUGGCCGUCCCAUGCGGGGCAAGCCCAUUGAGGGUUAUCAUUAAGUAAAGAAAUAAAGAGGGGAAAAAAAGCCUGCCUGUUCCAAAAACCUCAUCAGAUAAUGACCUCAGUGAUUGGAUUUUCAUUACCAAACAGC